AUGGACUUUCGAUCAGCCUGCGGUGUUGCGGAAUCGGAAGCCGCCCAGUCCACGUUAUGCUUUCUAUGGGACCGCGAUCUUGGCCACUUCGGGGACUGGGAUGACCGGAAUUGA